AUGGGAAGGAAGGGAAGGGAAGCUGUGGGUUCUCAUGAAGAAGAAGAAGAGAUGGAAUCCGAAGUAGAAGAAGAGAUGGAAUCCGAAGAAGAAGAAGAGGAACAGAAAGAAAAUAUGAAUCCAUCCUCUGCAAACGAGAAGAGCCUCUACGAGGUUCUUGGUGUUGAGAAAACCGCAUCUCAACAGGAAAUAAAGAAAGCAUAUUAUAAGUUGGCCUUGCGACUUCACCCUGAUAAAAAUCCUGGUGAUGAGGAAGCUAAGGAGAAAUUUCAGCAAUUGCAAAAGGUGAUAUCAAUUCUUGGCGAUGAGGAAAAAGGGCAGUCUAUGACCAGACUGGCUGAUCUUGCAGGGGAUGUUGUUCAGAAUUUGAAGGACUUUUUCAAAACCUUUUACAAAAAGGUCACUGAAGCUGAUAUUGAAGAGUUUGAAGCAAAUUAUAGAGGAUCUGAUUCAGAGAAAAGUGAUUUGAUUGACCUCUAUAACGAGUGCCAGGGUAACAUGAGAAGGCUCUUCUGUUCAAUGCUUUGCUCUGAUCCUAAGCUUGAUUCACACCGAUUUAAGGAUAUUCUGGAUGAGGCAAUAUCUGCAGGAGAAGCGAAGAGAACCAAAGCUUACAAGAAGUGGGCGAAACGAAUAUCUAAAACAAGACCACCUACCAAUCCUUUAAAAAGGAGGGAGAAGUCGACAAAAGAGCCAGCAUCAGAUCUAUUUGCAAUCAUAUCUGAGCGCCAAAGUAAGAGGAAAAACCAGGUGAACUCCUUGCUCUCAUCUCUGGAGGCAAAAUAUGGCGGGAGCAAUGCAACUUCAGAACCCACUGAAGAAGAAUUUGAAGCAAUACAGAAGAAAAUGGAAAGCCGCCGUAAGGGCUCCAAGAAGUCAAAGCAAAAGUAA